GCUGAACGCGGCCAUUAUUAGCCGUCUGCUCCGAGUUUGACAUUUGACGUGCGGGACAAACAAGAUACUAAUCAGCUGCGACAAGGCUCCACGAUGUUUCCGUCCGUCUGUCGCGAUUCUGAGAUCUGAGAAGUGCCAAACCCGGCAUCAUCCAUCAUGUUGAUCCAAUCUCCAUGAGACAAUUCCUCAUGAGGGUUGCACGUGCUGUCGAAGCUGUGUUGUGCGAAGCGGCGCAUCUGUUAUCAGCGACCUGAAAGCACGAUACCGUCGUUAGCUGAAGAUAAAUUGUUGCAUAGGACACUGUUAUCAAAGUAUCGACCGACGAAAAAUCCACGCCGAUCAUGACGGUCUGAAAGCUGUCAAAACGAUAGCUUGCAUCGAAUAGAUACUUGAUAUAUGUCAUCGUCGUCCGAACAAUAUUACCUGUGGCUGCUUUUAAAUAGUAUGUAAAAAUUAAACGAGAGAUUUUGAAUUGGAGAAACGAAUGGAAGAUAAUUGUUGAAGUCAUGUGUCGAGCGAUACAAAUUAUGCAAAACUGAAUGUUUGAAGAUCGUGAUUAUUUACACCUGAUUCUGACUUGAAUUAUACCCCAAUUAUAUUCUAAAGAUUAAAAAUGUCGGGCGGAGAAAGAAAGAAAAGAGGCUGCGAUAGAGGGCACGGGUGGGAAGAGGCUGGUGCUGAGUUCUAUCAGGAGAGUUAUCCAGCAGCUAUAGAAGCAGAUCUGCAACAGGCUCUACAGAGGGAUCCUUCGCAUAUAGCCACUUUACUUCCCAGCAAGAAGUCUCGUGUUGCCACAGCCAAACGAAUUCGAAAUGACACAAAGACAACAUUGAGAAGACGCACGAGCACUCGAUCUCGUGGCACUACAACGUCAAGGCGUAUGUCAACCAAUAUACACGAUGCGGCAGUAUCUAUGCUACCAGAUCUCUCGGAAAAUUUGUCCAAUGAAGAGCGUACCUGGGAGGAAAUUAUGCAGAUCAAGGCUAUGCCUGUAUGCAUGUCUCAAAAGAUACAAUUGAAAAACCAGUUGCAGAGCGCCACAAAGUUGAGACUUCAAGGCUUCGAACAACUGAAAUGGCAGCGCAGGAAGGCUUGGCAGCAAUUUCAAAUAAGAAUGAAGGAGACUUGGUCCAAGAUGGAGCUGUGGAGCUACAGUCUCAAGAUAAUAGGCGGAAAAUUUGGAAUGGGUAUAGUGGCGUAUUUUUUAUUCAUUAAGUGGUUGAUGCAUCUGAAUCUGUUUCUGUUUGCAAUUAUAUUCUUACUGAUAGAGCUGCCAGCGUUCUUGCUUGAGACGCCCGUGAACGAAAUAUGUUCAUCUAACAACACUGCCAGCAUAGCGUGUUGCUCCGAAUUGUACCGGAAUAUGACCAGCAAAAGUAAUCCUACCAAUUUCGUGCAGGGCAGCUUAGCUGAGUACAGUCCAUAUUAUUACGGCUGGUAUACGCAUACGAUUUACGAGAGUGUAGGUGUCAACUUCUAUUACAAUUCACCGCUGUCCUACAUCUGUACCAUCAUCAGUGUCUUCAUCGUUAGCCUAAUAGCGAUCGUCCGAUCGGCCGCCAAAGGUUUCAAGGAAAGAAUCGUAGAAGGUGAGGGACAAUUUUAUCAAUAUUGUAAUCUGAUAUUCGGCGGUUGGGAUUAUUGCAUUCAUAAUGAGAAAUCCGCUGCCGUGAAGCAUAAGGCGCUGUAUAACGCUAUGAAAGCAUUCCUGGAGGCAGAGAGAAUGGAAGAGGAGCGGCAGAAUCGCACGAGGGAGGAGAAAACGAAGCUCUUCUUUAUACGUCUAUUCGUUAAUCUAUUGGUUUUAACGAUAUUAAGUGCAUGCGGCGCGUUCAUUUACUACGUGAUCGACUUCUCGUUCAGUCAGCUGGCACAGUGUCAGUGCCAUUGGAUAUACUUAGAGCCGGAUCACGAGAUGUCCGACAUCGCUCGUUUAUUCUUCGAAUUUCUUCCAUAUAUAUGCAUCGUUGGAUUCAAUAUAGCGAUUCCAUUUCUCUUUCGCUAUCUGGUCGCUCUAGAAAACUACAGUCCGUCAUACGUCGUUCGAGUGACACUGUUCAGAAACGUGUUUCUUCGACUCGCUUCUCUCGUUGUUCUGUUAACGUUUCUGUACAGACUUGCUGCCGACAAAGUUCCGGAAAACGAAUGCGCCAACAGCGCGAACAAACAGCCGUUAUGCUGGGAAUCGUUUGUAGGACAGCAAUUCUUCAAGCUAUACGCCACCGAUCUCAUCAUUCAAUUCUUCAUGACGUUCUUCGUCAAUUACCCGCGUUCAUUGAUCGCGCGACACACCGAGAACAAGGUUUUGCGCUUCGUCUGCGAGCAGGAAUUUGACCUGCCCAAACAUGUGCUGGAUAUUAUCUACUUGCAAAUGAUAUGCUGGCUCGGCUGCUUCUUCGUCCCAUUAUUAAUGCUGAACGCCAUAUUCGGCAUGAUGGUGCUGUUCUACCUGAAGAAAUUUACCUGUUUAGUGAACAGUACACCAUCGAGUAAGAUUUAUCGCGCGAGCAGAUCGAAUUCUCUGUUCAUGUUCAUCCUGCUAGUCUCCUUUAUCCUGGCGGUGAUACCGGUCGGCUACUUCAUCGCGAAGAUCAUGCCGUCGAAAUCGUGCGGGCCAUUUCGCGAAUGGGAGUCCGUGUGGACGUUUUUAAUCGCGACGUUUUCGCACUUCCCUGACUGGCUGCAGUCGACUCUAUCUUUCUUGAGUACGGCUGGCUUCGGGAUACCGGCCUUCGUCAUUCUCGCUCUGCUCCUCUAUUACUAUUACGCGGUGUCAAUAGCGAACAAGCAUAUGGUGACGGUGUUGAAGAAUCAGUUGGUAUUAGAAGGCCACGAUAAGCAAUUCUUAUUGAACAGACUCAGCGCUUUUAUCAAGCAGCAACAGGAUCAGAACAAGUUUCAUCAGGACCAAACCAAUGAAUUAUAGACACGUUUCAACACGUAUAAAUAGUAUAAAAUUUGAUUUUGAUAUUUGUUUCUCUUCUGAGUGUACAGAGUGCGCAUUAUUUAACAGCUUACUUUUAUAAAUUUUAUAGAUUUUAAUUACGAAACAUAAAAUUGUGUCAAUUUUAUUUUCUUCUUUAUAUAUAUUAUAUAUUAUAUACACGAGUUGAUGUUUUUUACUAACUCAGUUUUUUGACUAGGUAUAUCGAAUUGGAUAAAAGAUCUAUCAUAUUAUACAGAAACGCGCGGACAAUACCAAAGAUUAAUACGCAUUCUAUUUAUAUACUGCUCGUUGCAGCUCGUCUUGUACUUUAUACAAAUGAUGUUUCUUGAAACACGAAUGUGUCACAGUCAUACUGCCAAAGAUGUGAGUUUCCACGCGAAAGAAUUUUACGAAAUCAGUUUUCCAAUUUGCAUGUUCAAACGGAACAUAUCUCACGUUCUAAGAAAUUCAUUCGUCUCAAUAUGUGUAUAUGAAAAUACACAUUUGAAAUCAGGGUACAAAAGAGAAACGGAGAGAGUCGCAAGUAUUAUGCAAUAGGAAGGAGAAUCGUGUGUGAAUUAUUUAUCCAUUGUAAUUCUCUAUAUAAUUUCACGAGUAUCCAUAAAUAUUAGUGUAGAAUCGUACACACCCAUAUAAUGUUAAACGCAAACAAAGUUUAAUUUAAGGCAUAAUAAGAUUUUCAUCGGAAAUAAUAUAUACUAUAUUAUAAACUAAUGUGAUCGCAUACGUCUAGCGUAAAAAAAAGAUUAAAUCACGAAAAAGUAGGCAGGUAUUAUUCAAUGCCACUUGUUGGACACCUUCCUAGUUCGCCUAAGGCUUCACUUUGCUGACCUUAAUGUAAAAUCGAGCAGGCAGGCACUCAUACCCGUCUGAUUAUGUAUAAGAUGUGAUUAAAAUAUGUUUAGCUUAAUACAUGAACAGUAUAGUAA